CAGACAACAUCUCGUAAUAAUUUUAGUGCAAUAACUUAACGUUUACACGGUGAAAAAUUCAAAAGUUUGCUGAAACUUUUAUUUUUAGAUUUAUUUCAAUAUAUAAAUAAAAAUAAACAAAAUGGCUUUCGAUAAAGAUAUUGAUUAUGAAAAGUGUACAGCAGAGAUAAAGGAAUGGUGGAAAAAUGAUCCAUUGAUGCCCAAAAAUAUUGACGACGUGUUACUACAACGUUUUGUACAUGCGACAUAUGGAGAUACCGCAUACGCUAAACGUGUUAUAAGCUUAAAUUAUGAGAUACGGAACAAAAAUCCGCACAUAUUUCUCGAUCGUGAUCCCUUGUCGCCGGAAUCACAAAAAGUAUUUCAAGUAUGUGAUAUGAUUCCGCUUCCAACAUUGACACCGAAAGAUAAUUACAGAAUGAUUUUUUAUCGUUUACGCGAUUUGAACGACAGUAAAUUUGACUUUACAGAGGCGAUUAAGAUGUUUUUCAUGGUUGCUGAUACACGUUUCACAAUGAACAAUGCUAUUUCGAGUGGCGAUGUACCGAUUUUCGACGCUAAAGGAUUUUCCCUAAAACACAUGACGAAAGCAAUUAGAGCAUUUUCGGUCUUGCGAGUUUAUAUGAACUUUACACAGAAUGCCUUUCCAGUUCGUCUAAAGCAGAUUCAUGUAGUCAAUGUUUCGCCGUUUGUCGAUAAGAUUUUGUCCUUCAUCAAGCCUCUUAUGAAGAAAGAGGUUACAAAUUCGCUCAAAUUCCAUCUUCCCAAUUCUGAGACGAUUUUUGAAUACAUUCCGAAAGAUAUGCUACCUGUUGAGUAUGGAGGCGAAGGACCAUCAAUGGAUGAGUUGAAAAAGGAUAUUGUUAAGCAAAUUGAAAGUAAGAGGGAUUACCUCACAGACAUGUCUUAUUGGAAGAUGAAUUUCUCAAAGCAACAACAAGAAAUCAACGCAAAUUUAGUGGAUUUAAAGAACUUGUCUAUUGAUUAAAACACGGUAUUUUUAGGGUCUUUCAAUUGUAGAAAAUGUUUUGGAUAUCCUCCUUCUUUAUUAAUUAUAUAACUAAAUUUGAAUCAACAAUUACAAAAAAUAUCAAAAAAAUAAUUCAAAAUUGUAAAAGUUU